ACUCUCAGUGUAGCCCAGAAGGCUCCUCUUAAACCAUCUCUGGCUUUGUCUUCAAGACUCCUCAAGUCAUUCCUUGCUUCUUGCUCCUGGCUUCUUAUGGGGGUCUCUUUUGCAAGGGCCGGGUUUCUCCUGGCACUCGAGUUAACGCUGCUGUACCUGGCUAGCUGCCUCCAGCACCGCCCGGGCUGGCGGUUUUCCUCUUUCGAAGUGGUGAUUCCCCAUCAGCUAAGCAGCCGAAAAGCCCUCCGAGGUUCCAGCGGCACCUUUGCUGAAGUGCCCGGGAGGCUCUCCUACUCGCUGCGCUUCGGUGGCAAGAGAUACGUGGUCCAUAUGCGAGUCAAGAAGUUCCUUUUGCCCAGACACCUCCCUGUCUUAGUCGACAAUAAGCAUGGAGCUCCCCAAGAGGAGUAUCCUUAUGUCCCGAAUGACUGUUACUACCAUGGGUAUUUGGAAGGGAUUCCCGCGUCCAUGGCUGUCUUGAACACUUGCCAAGGGGGUCUCCGAGGGACUCUGCAUUUGGAUGACUUCACCUAUGAAAUCGAGCCUCUGCACAGUUCUACCCAAUUUGAACAUGUUUUAUCCCAGCUCGUGCCAGAAGAAGGGGAGGCUGGGCAGAGUCUUUUUCGAUGCACUUUAACCAAUGAGGAAAUGAACGAACGGUUUUCCAACUCAGAUAUUGAUAUUCGUCCUCGGGCAGGUCCCUAUAGCCACUGGUGGCCACAUGUCCGAUAUUUAAAAAUUGCCAUUUGCGUUAGUAGCUCUAGAGUGGAAACUCAUAACGGGAAUCUCACUAUUCACGUUGACCAAAUGGUGACUUUAACUCAUAUAGUUGAUUCCAUAUAUAAACAAUUUCGGGUUUUUACAAUCCUGGUUUUUCUGUAUCUUUGGCAAUAUUCUGAUAAAGUACCACUUAUAGGUUCGUCAUCUGAAAUAGCGGAACAUUAUGGAUUAUGGAAAAGUUUAGUGAUCUCUAACAACUUUCCACAUGAUACUUCAGCCCUAGUUACUGGAAACAAAGCAGGAGAAUCUGGCUAUGCUGCUUUUCCAAACUCAAUAUGCAGUGGCAACUGGGCAGUAAUAUUAUUGUGGCUUCAGGAUGAUAGGGUAUUUUAUUAUUCAGUAAUCUUGGCACAUUAUAUAGGUCACAACUUUGGCCUACCUCAUGAUCAGAUAUACUGCCAUUGUAUUCGAAGGUCACAUUGUCUUAUGGAAGAUCAUCCACUUUUUUCUGAUUCUCUCAGUAAUUGCAGUUAUGGACGUUUUUUUAAUUUAGUUAAUUACUGGGAUCAAUGUUUAAAUAGACUUCCAAAUGCUUAUGAUAAUUAUGCUUAUUCAUUUCAUCUUUGUGGUAAUAAGAAAAUAGACUAUACAGAACAGUGUGACUGUGGUUCAAUUAAAGAAUGUUUGGCUGAUCCAUGUUGUGACUUGAGAUGUGAACGGACACCUGGUUCUUCAUGUGGUUAUGGACCAUGCUGUGAAGAUUGUCACUUUAGUCCUAUGGGGCUAGCUUGCAGAAGAGCAGUGAGCACUUGUGAUCUUCCAGAGUUUUGCAAUGGAACCAUACAUCUCUGCCCUUUGGAUACUUAUGUUCAAGAUGGAACACCAUGCACUUCAAAUGCCAUUUGCUUUAAAGGGAAUUGUACUGACCGACACUUACAAUGCAGACAAGUGUUUGGUCACAAUGGAGUUAUAAAUGCUAAUGAUGCAUGCUAUGAACAAUUGAACAUAAAAGGUGAUAGAUUUGGAAACUGUGGAAUGGAGCCUGAAAGGAAAAAUAAUUCUAAUGGAAUGGAAGUGAAAGAGGAGGGGACACAAAUAAAAUAUAUCACUGUGCCAUGUCGACAGUCAGCUGUCUUGUGUGGAAGGCUGCAAUGUGAAGGUUUGAAGAUAGUGCCAAAAUUAGAUGAACACAUUACAGUUCACCAAAUGUCAGUAAGGAAGAACAAAAGGGAAAUUUUCUGUUUUGGGAUAGAACAUCACUUUGGAACAGGGUGGCUAGAUUUUGGAAUGGUGUGGGAUGGGUCAAAGUGUAGCAAAACUACAAUGUGCUUAAAUCAUAUGUGUGUUCCUAUAGCUCAGUUGCAUUUCGAUUGCACUCCUGCGAAGUGUAAUUACAGAGGUGUUUGCAAUAACAAUAGGAAUUGUCAUUGCCAAUUUGGCUGGGCCCCACCAUUUUGUACUCUCUUGGGUUAUGGUGGAAGCUUAGACAGUGGACCUACUGAUAAUGAUGAAGUUGAUUAUGUCCUUUUUGCAAUUUUGAUUUUUGUCUUAGUCCGCAUGAUUCUUUUCAUGGUAUCAUUCAGCACUGCAGUUAUUAUGUAUAUCCGAGAAAAUAAGAAAAUUGCCGCUGCAAGAAUUUAGCCAGGGUCUGUUCCCUGCUAAGACAGGCAACCUGAAAUGCCCCCAAAGAAAAAUGAACAUUCUGACAACAAUAUGAUUUGGUCCUGAAAUUAAAAAAUAAAUUUUCUUGA